CACGAACAUUUUCACCAUAGAAAAAGUAAUGCGCGUUCACGUCGCAACUGACGACGCAAUUAAACACGACUACGGUCUGAUAUCAACAUCUGCAUCAAGACAAAACAAGGCUUGUAGCUAACUAUUUCCAACGAAAUCACAUUUGUAACAUCAUACACUCGGCCAUAAGGGCAAGAUUAGUGCAUGCCUCAAUGGCACAGUGGAACGACUACCACCAUGAGGAUGAAGAUGUGGAUGGAGAGGAAAGGGAUGAGUCUGGAGUGGACUAUAAGAGCACAGGCCGUGACAGCCUGGUGUUUCUGGUGGAUGCUUCCAAGGAGAUGUUCAUCAAGGGGGAGGAUGAAGAACCCUCGCCAUUUGACAUGACCAUGCAGUGUGUCCGCAGCGUCUACACCAGUAAAAUAAUCAGCAGUGACAAGGACCUGGUGGCUCUAGUGUUCUAUGGGACGGAACAGAGCAAGAACCCCAGGAACAGUUUCAAGCAUGUCUAUAUCUACCACGACCUGGACUUACCUGGUGCCCGUCGGGUGCAGGAUGUGGAUGGGCUGCGUGGGGAGAAAGGUGCCCAGGUGGCAGGAGAGACAAUGGGCAGUGGGAAUACCAACCUGGGUGAGGCGCUGUGGUGCUGCUCCAACCUCUACAGUGACAUCAAGCUUCGGCUCUCCCACAAACGCCUCAUGAUCUUCACCUGCCGAGACACACCACAUGGGGGAGACAGCGAGCGCGACCGCCAGGCCCGCACAAAGGCUAGCGACCUCAAAGAGACCGGUGUGGUGAUAGACCUUAUGCAUCUGAUGAAGCCAGGUGGGUUCGACGUCUCGCUCUUCUUCUGUGACGUGGUGAGCCCCCCUGAGGACGAGGCUGAGCUGGGCCUGCAGAUGGAGCCUUGUGGGAAAUUGGAGGACCUCCAGAAGAGGGUCAGAGCCAAGGAGAUGAAGAAGAGAUCAGUCGCAAGGUUGAAUCUGUGUCUGGGGGAAGGGAUGAACGUGGCAGUGGGUGUGUACAUCACGGCCCUACAGGCCAGGAAGCCUAACGCCAUCAAGCUCUACAGAGACAACAACGAGCCCGUCCGCACCAAGACACGCCUCUACCACACACAGACGGGCAGUCUGCUGCUCCCCAGUGACACCAAGAGGGUUCAGGUGUAUGCAGGCAGGCAGAUAGUGAUGGAGAAAGACGAGGUGGAUGUGAUAAAGAAGUUUUCUGACCCGGGUCUGGAGCUGAUUGGGUUCAAGCCCAUGGAGCGUCUCAAACUGCACCACCACCUCAGAUCUGCUGUCUUCAUCUACCCAGAGGAGGAAAUGGUCACAGGGAGUGCCUGUGUGUUCACAGCGUUGCUGCGCAGGUGUAGUGUGAGGAAAGUGUUUGCUCUGUGUAAAUAUACACGGAUUCGUAACUCUCCACCGCGCUUCUUAGCGCUGGUGCCCCAAAGAGAGGAGGUGGAUGAUGGCCAGGCCCAGAUUGCGGCUCCAGGCUUCCAUGGCAUCUUCCUGCCCUACGCGGAUGACAUCCGUACCCUGGACACUCCUCAGCUUCCCACGGCCUCCAAGUCUCAGGUGGACAAGAUGAAGGAGAUAGUACACAAGCUGCGCUUCAAAUACAGGAGUGAUGCAUUUGAGAACCCAGUCCUCCAGCAGCACUACAGGAACCUGGAAGCCUUGGCUUUAGAUCUCAUGGCCCCGGAGCACAUAGAGGAUCUUACCAUGCCCAAUGUGAAUAUGAUGGACCAGCGUCUUGGUUCCCUGGCUCAGGAGUUCAGAGAUCUGGUGUACCCUGCUGACUACAACCCAGAGGGCAAGACUGCACCCAAACGCAAACCAGCUGAGGUGGCAGGCGGUACAGAAAAGAAGCCCAAGGUGGAGAUGUCUGAGGACGAGCUGAGGGGUCACGUACAGAAAGGCAACCUGGGUAAGCUGACAGUGCCCGUGCUGAAGGACGCCUGUAAGCAGUUUGGGGUGAAGGUCACAGGGACCAAGAAACAGGAGCUAAUAGACGCCCUGACUGCACAGCUCACCAAAUGAGGCAUAGAUGUCAAAAUAUGUUGCUGUCGAUAUUCUGGUCAGAUGCACUAGAUCGCAGGAUUAUUGGUCUAUCUUUGGGCUUCCAUUUUAAGGUUUCUAAUCUGAGAUAUAUCACUGUACUUAAAAUGGAAAGUUUCUCAUUUGUGUUGCUAGAAUAAUAUUGUUUCUUUACAUGUUUUAAACUUUAAUAAAAAAUGAAAAGGAACCAUUUAUAUAA